AUGAAGUAGAAAAAGAGUUUGAAAGUUAUUUUUCGAUGGGAUUUCUCCCAAAGAUAUCAUAACUUAUAUGCAGAGUUAACCCAAAGACUACAACACCUAAGCAAUUUAUGAGAGAAAUUUUGGAAAGGUAGCAGAACCAUGGGUCAGUGCCUGAGUGACUCUGAACGACCACCGUCCCGCCCACCACCACCAGCCAAUGAAGUCGACAAUCAGACGGUGUCCCUCAAUGUCAACGAUGUCAAUGUUACUAUAAAUAGUACGAGUCCAGUUCGUCCCCUGCCACCCCCACCUCCCAACAGAGGCUAUUUCCAACACUCGAGAGAGUCCAACACUGUACGUGCCCUGUAUGACUUUGAUGCCAUCAACGAUGAUGACCUCUCGUUCAAGAAAGGGGAUCGACUUGAGGUGGAGGAGUCCAGUCAGAACUGUGAUUGGUGGAUGGCACGUCACAUGGCUACAGGUCAGACAGGUUACAUUCCCAGUAACUAUGUGUGUAAGGACGACAACACUCCACAGGCACAGGAUUGGUGGUAUAAUGUAGACAGGAAGGAGGGGGAAAAACAACUCAUGUUGCCAGGAAAUGCCACUGGAACUUUCCUUGUCAGAGAAUCUGCAGACAAAGCAUCAUAUGUUUUGUCAAUCCGUGACCAUGAUCUGAAGACAGCUGAUGCUUGUGUGAAACACUACAGAAUUCGUAAGAUGGAUAAUGGUGGUUUCUACAUCAGUCCAAGAAGAACAUUCAAGAGCAUGCUGCAGCUCAUUGCUCAUUACCAGUCUGUGGGUGAUGGACUCUGUUGUCAGCUAGGAGAGGCCUGUCCAAAGAUCCGCCCCAUUGUUCAGUUCCGGGAGCUUGAAGUUGCUAGGGAAUCUGUAAAACUCAUCAAGAAACUUGGAAGCGGAUGUUUUGGUGAUGUUCAUGCAGGAAAAUGGAGAAAUACAGUGGAUGUUGCUGUAAAGACCCUGAAACCAGGUGCCAUGACACCUCAGGAUUUUUUGCAGGAGGCUAAGCUUAUGCACAAAUUGCGUCACCGUAAAUUGGUCCAACUCCUGGCUGUGUGUUCCACCACAGAGCCACUGUGGAUCAUCACCGAGUUGAUGGUCAAUGGAGCCUUGCUCGACUAUCUUAGGAAAGAUGAGGGUAAACAUAUAGGAUUUCCAGUCCUAGUAGAUAUUGCCGCACAGAUUGCCGAUGGUAUGGCAUACCUGGAGAGGGAAAACUUCGUUCAUAGGGAUCUGCGAGCUGCCAAUAUUCUAGUUGGAGAGAACAAUGAAGUGAAGGUAGCAGAUUUUGGACUGGCCAGGCUGAUACAGGAAGAUAUAUAUGAAGCUCAUGAACAUACAAAGUUCCCCAUCAAGUGGACUGCUCCUGAAGCUGCCUUCGACAGAAAAUUUAGCAUCAAGUCAGACGUGUGGUCAUUUGGAGUCCUUUUGUAUGAAAUCCUCACGUUUGGACGUGUGCCUUAUCCAGGAAUGAAUGGUCAUGAAGUGCUAAGUAAAGUGGAGAAGGGCUACAGAAUGCCCAAGAUGACUGGGGGACCAGUGUCAUGCCCAGAUCCAUACUAUGAAAUCAUGCUCAGUUGUUGGAAACGAAACCCGGAAACAAGGCCCACUUUCGUAUAUCUACAGGACUUCUUUGAUAACUUCUUUGUGUCAGUAGAGACACCGUACAAGGAAUCCGGGGAUAUGUAGAUCGUUGUAGAUCAUGAAACAUGUGUAACUGUUGACAGAUUUGUCGCAUCCUUUCAGCUGAGAGAGUGACUGGAAAGAAACUAAAUCUAAGUCACUAUUUAUAUUAUACUUCAUCUGAUCAAAUGCCCUUUACAUCAGCGAAUUGUUAUUGUGAUAGCUUGUUAGGUUGUUGAAAAUUUGAUUUAAUGUUUAAUGAAAUUAUUUCUUUGGCAAAUUAUAAUUCUUGGUAGACAUACUAGAAUGUCAAAUUGGCUGUAGAAAUAGUUUAAACAGACUUACUAAACAGAAAUAGCUUGUUGUAAUAAGAAAUAAUCAAAAUCUGGUUUUUGAAUUUAUUCAAUCUGUAUAUAGAAUACACUUUGCGCUUUUGGUCAGUAUGAAUAGGUUGUUGCCAUGCUGUAAAAAUACAGCAUUAUUAAAAAAAUGUACUUAAAUUUUUUGUAAGCACCAUCAGCCUCUGUAAGCUGGUUGUGUUGUAGAUUCUGUAAUGUUGAAUAUAUAUCGAUGAAUUCCUAUUGAGAAGGAUGUUUGUGAGCAAACGUUAGCAAGUAUACACUUAUGUUCAACUAUUGGAAAGCAUGAAUUCAUUUUUCAUUUUCAGAAAAAAAAAAUGAUGGUGACAUAAUCUUAAAGUUUUUGUCAGGUUUAACGGAGUACAGUGUAAUAUUCAUUAUCUGGUAAAUAUAAUAAUUUUGAAAUAUUUUCUACAUUUAGAAUGUACAUUCUCCAUUGUUACUAGAACUAAUAGUAAUUAACGAAAUCAAGGAUGAUGGCUAGGACUCUUCAGCCUUUACCUUGCAAUAUUUAGAGAACAAAUAUUUUGUACAUUUAUUGUGUUGUUAACUUUGAUGGUAACAAGUUGAUAUCUUUGUGUAAUUUUAUAUACGUCUGGUGAAACUUUCAAAAUUUUUUAUAGCAAUAUAUUACAGCAUAAAUGAGUUUUAUACAACUUCAUUUACAAUGUAAAUAUCAUAUUUAUAGUCAUUUUAACAUCUUUUCAUGGCAUACUUUGUUUACUAUGUCUGUCCAGUAUGGUCAUCAUGUAUUCAUAUUUUGUGUAGCCUGUACACUUAAGAUUUACUAUCUUACAACGAAUCAUUCUUGCUCCACUCUCGCAAUAAACAUGUGUGACCAGUUUUGAACAUUUGAACGACACAGGACCUUAAGGAUGGUGAUUCAAGUCAUAUAUUCAGGUCAGGAUAUGUCGUCAAUCUGUGUAUAUCGGAACAAAAAAUAGCCAUACUCUCAACUGUAUGCUACACAGAGAUGUUUAACAGGAUGAUUGUUUUACUAUUGUUUCAACACCAUUAUACAUAAGACACACAGUCAUCAUUGUAUACAAUAAGUACAAUUGCACAAAUUUCUUUGUCUUUAUUAUACCUUCUUGAAACUUGACAACAUUUAGUAAAUCAUUUCCAAAAUUAGAUGAAUAAUUAGGUUGACAAAAUGCCGUUAGAUUCCAACAUUUUCUAGUGAACAACAUUUGUAGUUUUCACAGUGAACUGCGGUGAUCAUCUGAUUUCAAUUUUCUGGCAAUUUGAAUGAUAGUGUUUAAGCUCAAACUGCAGCUUGUAAUCAUUAAUUCAAGGAAAGUGAUACCAUAUUUAAUCCCCAGUUAAAGAAUUUGUUAUUAUAAUAUCAUUAAUAGUCAUAUAUCACAACCUUAACAAGACUUUGAGACUGCUAUAUAUUCUCUAAAGGAUGAAUAGAAUCUUAAAUUCUGUAUAUUUCUUCAAGAAUUGAAAAUGCCAAAGGCACAAGCAAUAUCAAAUGGUUAAACUUGUUUUGUAAAUUCUUUAUUUCAGCAACUCUCAUGGAAGAUAAUUUUGAAAUUUCUCUGGAAAUUUUAUCUUUCUAUCAACAUUCCAUGGUUACAUGAGAUUUUUUUAGAUAUUCAGUGGAUUUUUGGUUUUUGUUUGCCAUUUCAGUGAGGUUUGAAGAAAUAUUUCAAUAAGUGCUUCCAAUUUGUUAAUAUGAAUUGCAUAGUUUAUGAAGUAUGUCAUUGGUCUUGUUUUUGAAACCAGUAACAAGUAUUUCAAAUAUUUUACAUCCCUAAAUCAAUAUUUUGGAAGUUGUGAUGUCGUAGAGACUUACAAAUAAGGAUAUCUUAAUGAUUGUAAUUUUAACAUGAUUCCAAUUAUGUUAGUUUAUUAAUUAAAUCCUGCAAUGAUCAGUUUAUGUUUGAGCCACUUGAGAAAUGUGUGCAAUAAAUGUAAAGACACUGUACUUGAGUAUAGACUGGUAUUUCUAAAAAAAAACACCACUUGCUAUAUACUUGUUCACAUAAAUCGCACAGAUUUUAUUUCAGUCUAUUGACUCAUACUGUUUGUCUGGACACAAACUUUUCCAGAGUUCUCAUCUCAAUAGAUUUACUGGUGGAGUAGUUAUUCUUUAAUAAAGCAGCAUAAAAGAAAUUCUUCAAUAAGGGAUUUAAGUUUUUCAGAAAUAAUUUUUUUGUAACUCAGUUUUUCAAUUUUACAGUGUGAAGUUUCAGUGUUUUUUCUUUAAAUUUUAUCGUUUUAAGAAUUAAUUUGAAGGUAACGAAAUUUCAGUUGUCCGUCAUAUUUAUGAUGUAUUGUUUGAAAUAGGUCUUUGUUGCUCAAUGGUUUACAUGAAUAUGAUCUUUGAAGAAAGUGGUUUGUAUAUUUUCCCAAGAUAUUAAAUGUUUUGUGUCAUUUCGGUAAAUCAUUGCACACAUCUUGUGGAAAUAGCUUUUGCAAUGUAUAUCUGUUAAUUCUGUAAAAAUCACAAUUUUAGAAAGUCCUUUGUACAUCAUUGUGAUACAUUUGUUUGAUAUACCACUGAAAGGGCCUUAUUGUCUUUCACUUUUUGAUGCCUCUUCGGUAUUUGUCUACAUCAUAUAUAUAUAUAUAUAUAUAUACAUUCCUUUCGUGAUCUUUACUCUCACAUAUCAUGGGUUGUUUGAAGGACCAAUUCAUUCCUUCCUUUACAUAUACAUAUUUUUUUUUAUAAUUCCUUAACUUUGACUCUGAUUUUGUAUCUUGUUUUUUUUUUAAUCACGACAAUUAGCACAUUUAUAUGAUGCUACAGCCUCUUCACUUGCUUCCUUUGUAACAAUAAUGUAUCGAAAAAACAAUUUAUGUACCAGCAUAUUAAUUUUUUCAUUUAUAAAUUUUUCCAUUUCUGCUUUUCGACUUAUUUGGGAAAAUUAAACUGAAUUGUGCGAUAAUACAUAUUGAUUUUGUUGCUAGGAGUU